AUGAAACUUGAAUUAUUAGUAUUAUUUUUUACUUAUUUAGAAUCCACUAAAAACAUUUAUGAGAAUUUAUUAGAUAUCGUUAAACAAAAAUUUAAGACUAAAGACUAUUUUUUAAUAAACUUGGAAAAAAAAUACUAUGUUUUUAAAGUUGCAGUUGAUGAUAAGGAAAUUAGUUUUCAAGAAUUUAUAACUGAAGCAUUUAGAUCUGAAUAUGGUUUUAAAGGAGAAAGAAUUAAGUAUAAUACAGCAGAUGAAGCACUUCAAAAAGUUUGUGAUUAUUAUCUAUUUCGCAAUUUCAAUAAAUUACAGGAAUUUACAGUAUUUUGUAAGCUAGUACUUCAUACAUCUGAGAAUGAUAUUAAUUUCAAUCUUAAACAAUUUUUUUAUGAUAGAGUUCAAUCAGAUUUUAUUGCUAAACUUUAUGAUAGUAACAAGCAAAAACAAAUAGAAGAGCUUUGUCUAAGUUUUUCGAGAAACAGAAUGGUAGAUACUAAAUUUUGCUUUUCACUUAUAAAAAGAUCUUAUGACGAUACUAUUAAGUGUUUUGAAGAAGAAAACAAGAUGAAAUUUUUUUUUCCUGUAAAGUUAAGAAAUUUGAUGCUUUUCUUUAAAAUUGACGUUAAGGAUUUAUACAAUGUAGAAAAGCAAUAUACAACUGAAUUAAUAAAAUUACACAAUACUGUCAAUAAUGAUAACAACAGUACAGAUGUAUGCACCUUAAUUACUAAAGUCUUUACAUUCUCUGAUUUUGUGUCAAAUUAUAUCCUAUUAAAUGAUGCAAUCAAUGAUGAAUAUCUACUCGAUUUGUUAAAUAAUUUUGAUAAUAAUUUUUUUAAUGUUUCAUUUAAAAAAAAAGUAGUAUCUUUUGAAAAUUUAGGUACAUCAUUUUGUUAUUCUUGUUGCUAUAAUCUCUUAAACUCUGAGGAAAAUUGUCAGCUCAUUUCUGAAGAAACAUACCAAGAUUGCAAUAAGAUUUUGGAUUUAUAUACGAAGACAAAAGAUAUUGACUUUGCUAGAUACAAAAUUAUUUUUCAUAAAUUUAAAACUGAAAAUCUGCUAGAUCACGUAUUAUAUGAAAUUUGUAAAAAUCCGGGUUCUGCUUCAUACCUCAUAUUAAUGCAAAUAUUGGGUCAUUAUAAUAUUUUAAACGUAAGUGAAAUUAUUGUUCUUACACAAAAUAUAAAUGAUAAUAAUAGAGGGCAAAUAAUUGCUUCUCUGAAACAUUUCUUUACUAAGGAGAAACUUUCUAAGAUUUAUUUUAUGAUGACGCCUAAGAAUGAAGAGGUAAAUAAUUUGUUAUACACUCUUAUUGCCAAAGAAGCUGAUGAGUUUUUUAGUAAUUAUAAAAAGAAAGAUAUUCUAAACAUUGAAUUUUUUAAUGAUAUACAAAAGUUUUCUAAUCUAUAUUUAGGUCAUAAUAAAAUGACGAUAAAUAGCUUUUAUGGCAUUUUAAUAGGAAGUUUUCGAUUCAUAAUUUCGUCUGGUGAAAAAACAUUGAAACUAGCAUUUGAAAGUAUAGCAUUACUAACUAAUGUAGACGUUUGGUAUAGAACAAGAAGAAGGCAUAUAUUUCAUUUUUACAGAAAAAAUGCAGAGGAAGUGUUCCAAAAAUUAAAUAUUGACGAUCCCGACAAUUUGGAAAAGUAUGUUGAAAGUUUAAAUAAAUGA